UAAACCAGCGCCGUUUCCUCUUUUCUAGUUACACGGAAAUAAGAAUAAAGAAAAUGCAUCUUUACAAUUUCAUCGGCAUUUCCCUAUGUAAGCACACACAUUCCCCCCGUAUGUUAGUAUUUGGUGUAUAGCAGUUAGAACGAGCGCUGGUUUGAGGUUUAGAGAGACCGGGCUGUAAGUAGGUCGGGCUGGGUUUAAGCGGCUUUAGCCUGCGUCAGCCUAAGCUGGGAGGAAUUCACCCAAAGCCCUCCGCGGUAGGCGGGGGCCUAAACGAGGCUGGCCUAGUUAAGCCUGAUUCUUAUUGUUGCCCGUGUGUGUUGUGUAACACAGAGCAGAGAAGACCUCGGAUGAGAGAGAGUGCAUGCAGUUAGACAGAGACUGUUUGAUUGAGAAUCCAUGAAGGGGGAGAAAGAAGAGGGACAAGGAAGAGAGUGAGUGAGAGUUAAACCAGUAUUAGCCUGAGCCUCAUCACAGAACAGAAAGAAAGGGGAGGUUGAGAACCAGACCAAAUCUCAAAAGAAGGAGAGGAAAAGAAGUGAGAUAUUGUUUUGAGUUAGUGCUGGUGUCUAGGCCUGGCUCGGUCCAGUCUGGUUCCCUGGGCUAUGUUCUAAGAUGGCGUCUGGGUCCGUCUACAUGUCGUCCAGUAUGGUGGGUAAGGCUCGCUCCUCCAACUUCACCCUGUCUGAGAAACUGGACCUGCUGAAGCUGGUCCGCCCACACAUUCUCAUCCUGGAGGAGCACACCAACAAGCAUGCUGUCAUCGUGGACAAGAACAAGUGCUGGGACACAGUGUCUGAGCAGUACAACGUCCUGGGGGGGGACAGGCCCCCCCGCACUGCCCAGGGCCUACGCACCCUCUACAAGAGGCUGAAGGAGUCGGCCAAACAGGAAGUGAUGCAACGGAGACACGCCCAGCCAGAGUACAGAGGAAGUAUAUCUGAACCAACCAGGAGAGUGAUGGAGAUGAUACCUCACCUUUUCCAUCACGGAGCUAUUCACCAUGAUAAAGACCCAGCGACGAUGCACAGGGUGAUGUAUAAGCAUGACUCUCCCAUGGAGCAACCUGGCAGCAGCUCCUCCCUCCCAGACUACCCAUCAAACCCCGUCACCCACCACCUGGACCAGGAUGUGGUCAGGCUGGACCAGGACCUGGACGUGAAGCCUCCGCCAGACCUGACCAUCCUCUCCACCCGUGUGGGGGUGGUGCUAGGAGGAGAGGGGGCGGAGGAGGAAGAUGAGGAUUUGGGCAGUGUCCAUGGUUAUGACGGCUCCCUCUCUCCCUGCCCAUCCUCUGUCGUCCUGCCCCUCUCCACCUCACCCGUUCCACUGCAACGUGACCUUUACCCUCAUGACCACUACCCCCGCUGUGACCCUGACAGGCUCCGUCCCCUUCAGCUGGCCAAGGAGGAACACGAGCAGGUCAUGACCAAUCACAGAAAGAUGGGCGUAUACCUGGAGGAGAAGAGGGAGGGGCUAAAGAGGAAGCAGGAACUGGAGGAGGAGCUUCUGAGAGCAAAAAUCAAAGUAGAGAAACUGAGGGCAGCCAGGCUGAGACAUGGACUACCACUGCCCCUAUAACUAACACACCCAUGGUCUGACUGGACUGACCAUAUGGAACUCAGGAGGAUGCUCUGAACUGUUUCUAUGUCUGUGUUUAGCGUGUGGAAGAGGGGUUUGGCCUGAGAAAUCAUGUUGGUGUGAUGAACAGUGAGUUUGAGGGAGGAUUUAAAGGUCCAAUGCAGCCUUCUCAAUCUCAAAUCAUUUCUGGGUAAAAAUGAAUAACAUUACUGUGAUUGUUUUCUAUUAAAAUACUCAAAAAGAGACAAAAAUAGAUUCUUGGCGAAGUUCAAUUUCUCAAGUAAGAAUUUUGCUCGGAUUGUCUGCAAGUGGUCUGAGUGGGGAGGGGGAAACUGAUAACAAACUGUUAUUGGAAGAACGGUUUGGAUCUCUCUUUCUUACUGGUCUAUUAACACAUUUAUGGUGAUGUCACCAGGCAGGCCAAAACUCCAUCCCACCAAAACAGGCUGAUAUUUCAGCCAAUCUUUUCAAAUCAAAUCAAAUUUAUUUAUAUAGCCCUUCUUACAUCAGCUGAUAUCUCA